AAUUAAACGAAGUCCCAAAAUAACAAAAACCCCAAAAAUCAAACUGAAAACCAAAUCAAUUAAAUCAAUCAAUCAAUCAAUCAAAUUUGGAUUUGUAUUUGAUACAAAUUGAGAUUCCACUGAAGAGAUCUUUCUAUUUGGGUUUUGAUUCUGUUGGGACCGAUGAAUGGUGGUGGUGGUGGUGGUAGAGGUAAUUACAGAAACCCUUGUUUGACGAUGCAUCAACCGUGGGCAUCAUUACUAGUCUAUGGUAUUAAGCGAAUUGAAGGAAGAUCAUGGCCUGCUCUAUCAGAGGCCGGCUUUGGAUCCACGCUGCUGGUAAAGUUCCGGAUCAAGAGACAAUCAAAGCAAUGGAAGACUUUUAUAGAGAAAUCUAUAGAGUGAACGGAGUUGAAGAAUUGAAAUUUCCAGAGCAUUAUCCAACUUCACGACUAUUAGGUUGUAUUGAUGUGGUUGGGUGUCUCACGCGGAAUGAAGUCGAGUGUUGGCAGGAGGUACCCGAAGGGGUGAGACUAGAAGCUCAAACGGAUCUUUGCUGGCUAUGUGAAAAUCCACAGAGAGUAUUGAUCCCAUUUGAGAUGCGAGGGUUUCAAGGUGUAUACAACUUGAAGAGAAGGAUAUAUGAGGCCGCAGUUAGAGGUCUCACUCCGGUUAAAGGUCCAUUACCUGUAAAGUUUCCACUUCCAUAUUCCAGAGAUUCUUUCUCGCUGAAACCAGGAUCACUUGUCUCGAGCUUUUCUUCCUUAGAAGUGUCUGAAGUUAAAAAACCAGAGACUCUUAGGGCAGCUAUAGCUGGUGCACGCGCUGCAGCUACUCAAUACUCAAAGCAACCUCAGAGAUCCCCAACUACUAAUGCAAUCCCACAAAGAGAGCAUGAUCGUCCACCUCAAAAUGGUAAUUCGACGCAUAUAUAAUGUGGGAAAUGGUCAAGAGGUUUCUUAUGGGGCCAGUUGUAGUAGCCAAACUCAAGAUCAUAGUAGUGAUUUGAACCAGCGAUCGCAGAGCAGAACUGUCGAGGAGUCCAGAAGCCCUGCGACCAUUGUCUCAGACAGGUCUCGACUACCACAAAAUGAACGUUACAGAGACCAGGGCUGUCGAAGGAAUUGGUAGCCGUACACAAGGCAGUUUUCAGAGAUAUGGAACUCAAUGUUGGGACUCCUAAAGUAUGAAACUUUCUAGAUUACUUGUUGUUGGAAAUAACAGUAGAAAAACGAAAUGAUGUUUCAGGGAUGAAGAACCUAUUAACUUUUGCCAUGUGGUGUGGUGUGUUGAUGAGGGUUCACUAAUCAGCACCUGGAAUUAAAUCUAGUGAUGGGUGAAUAGGUUCCUUUGCUUCGUGGACGCUCAUGAUUUUGUUACUGGAUAUUUCUAAUUUCACCUAUUGCGCAUGCCUGUCUUUCCCCCUUCUAGGCUUUAAAAAUGUAUGUCUAAUUUUGUUUCUAGGUCCGUCAUAGUUGUUUGUAGAGUUUGAGAUACAUCCGUUAGUUUCUUGACUAGCGAUUGUUUGAACUAUAUCCGUGCAGAUUUUCUCUAUGCAGCAGUGAAGGGUCUUAGGCCAGCAUGACAAGUGUUUCUGAUGGCUCUUGGAACUUUUUAGGGUGUUCUCCAUUCAUUCUCCACAAAAAGUCUUUGAAUCAUGGCUUUAUUAAAGCACACGCUUGAAUGGCUGUAUAUGGAUGAUUCAGUUCAGGUAGUGCAAGACAGGCAAAUGGUUCGCGCAGAUCAUGUAUGUUGUACUAAAGAUAGUUGAUAAGCUUGCUGUCAAUCAGUUUCUGAACUGUAGUUUUAAGCCUAUAAUUUUUAAUUAUAGUACAUGUCAUGAUCUACAACUUAUAGCUUCCGAUAUUCGUUUAUUUGUAUCCAAUCCUAGGUUCUGUUUUAAGACAGCUAUUCCGUUGAUUUACAAACUGAUUAUGUGUUGUAAUUAGUCUAUUGCAUUUGAUAUGGUGAUCAAAAUAUGGGUCAUAACUUGCAAGGGAUCCAAGAAUGGGGUGAUAAAUCAAUGGAAAGCCAGGAAAUGCGGUAUAAAAUGAUACAGUGACCUACCUUUAUCCCAGUCAUCUUUUACAUAUAUAGAUUUCAACUGCAGAACUUUUUUGCUGUGUCUAAAAUUUACUUAAUCUUCAAUUAUCUUCUUGUUGGAGUUUCUUGGAGGGUCAUUCUUCGGCUCUA